AUGGCCUUACCUGGAAACCACAAGCGCGGCAGGCCUGUUAACGAGCAGGGAGAUGAGGACCCGCGCCUGCGUGCCAAAAAGAAGUGCGUCAGUGCCCGUGUGCCGACUCGGGCCACUCCUUUCCCGCCGCGUUCGUACAGGCCUCACUACGGCGAGCCCUCAAAGGUCGGUGCUUUCAAAGGGAACUGCGAGCGACUGGUGGGGCUGCUGCAAGAGAGACUUGACGACGUGGAGAUCGCCAAGCCAGCGGACAUAUCUGUGGACGAUAUAUCGUUUCUGAGGGAGUUCAAGAAAAGGAAGACAAUCGGAAGGCGUUCCAGCCUGCCAAACCCACAGUCUUGUUUUGACACAGACCUCACAGACUCUGAGGAGAGCUGCUGGAGCGAACAUGACAUGGAUGAAUGGGAUGGUUGUGAUCCAUCGCCAGCACAUCAGGAGAACAGCAAGGCUGGGUGCAGUUGUGCUGCAGGCACCCUGCCCUGCUGUGUGUCAGAGAAUGGUUCAAAGCCUGCAGAGAAGCACAGGCACCCUGCUGCUCGUUUUGGUUUAUUCGACCAAGUGCUGAUGAGCUUCAGCGAGUUGACAACACACCUGGGGAGUGUGUUUGAUUUCCUCAUGAGAGGGCGUGCAAAUGACAAGUAUCGCAAGGCUGUGGAGGUGCUCCUGACGAAAAUUGCGGCCAAUGUGGCCCAGGAUGCUGAAGGUACCAAACCCAGUGCUGGUGGACUGGGGCAUUAUAAUGCACAGCUGAAGAGAGCCUUGUGUGGGAGGAAUGGACAAGAGACACUGAGUGAAGGUGACAGAGAGGACAAGCUUGUGGGUGGCAUUGGACCCUCCAGCAGCAGUGUUGGACUGGUGCAGCACAUUUCUGAGGUGGUUGUUGUACUGCGAGUGCACAAGGCUGCUUGGAGAAACUGCCGAGCAGGCAACACAUACAACACAGGAUGGCAGGCCACAGAUAUCCUUGCUCUUGGUCGGCAUGCCCUCAGUGAGGUUCUGGAUGUCAUUCGAUGUCCUGCUGAUAGCAACCUUGCAAGUGUGAACAAGUCUGUGAACUCAGCAUACUUGUUCAUCGAGGGCGUUUUCUACAACGACACCCGGCAACCUGGGGCUGUGGAUGCAUCUAGAGAGAUCCGGGACUUUUGUACCAAGCACAAGACAGGAUGGCCACUGCAUCCAGAGUCUCCACAUGACUGGCAAUUUGAGGUGGCUGACAUCGACGGCACGAAAGUAGAGGAAAUGUGGCUAAGGGCUGGCAACAAACCAUUAUAUCUUUACUGCCACCAGGCUUGUUGUGAACACCUAAUGAGCAUCCUAGACGUCAGGCUACUGCACUCAGAGGAUCCAUGGGAGUUGUCUCAACGCCCUGUUGUCGUCAACGAACCAAAGGAACGAGGUCGCAAGUGCUACAUCUGCCGCAAGAAGUACUCUACAAAAGUGACUUACCAAAAUCCCCUUGUCCUCUAUAACCCAUGCUUCCUUUGUAACGAGUGCUUCCAGAUGCUCCACUAUGACAAGAAUGGAGAUCUUCUUCUGGAUCAGGUGAUAGUAUUUCCUUACAGCCAUGAGAGAUAA